UCGUCGAGACUUGGUUGAGUGACGGCGGACGACAGCUUGAGAAUCAGCUUGCUCAGGGACCCCGCGCAGUGAGUACCUGGAUACUCCGUAAUGCCGUAUUUCGGGUUCAAGGAUUUAUUCAUAACAUUUCGGGGUCAUAGGAGUUGGAUACGAUAAUUGCCAUUUUUUACGACCAGUAGUUUGUACAUGAUACGGACAUCCACAUUCAAGGCCUUCUAGUUUGUCGAUUUAACAAGCCGGUUAGCUUUUUGCGGCCAGUUCAGGAUACGUUUUCAUGAAUGACAGGAUUUUUUUCCGUUCAUUUCAAUCAUCAAUAUACAUUUUUGUCCUCAUCAAAAGUGACAGGAUACUUCCAUCAAAGGUUUUAAAUGGACGUCAAAUUUAAAGGAUAAUAGCAUACUGUUUUUGAAACGUCAGACGGAUGAAACAUCGCUGCCUGCAGUUUUCAUCAUCGACAAAAAGGCUAUUUUUGACUUUCUGUUUUCUGGAUAUUUACACUUUCUGCUUCGACUUUGAGGACUACAUGAAAAGCGACAUUAUGCUUGGAAACAUUGUCAAUUUACCAGUGGUUGUAUCUUUGCUAUGUUUGCUAAUGACAGCGACGGCCACGCAACAAACUGUCGUGCUUCGCCUUCUUGAUAUGUACAGGAAUGAUCGCGUGAACAGCAGUAGCGGUACCGUCGCCGUGCGGUACCAAAACCACUGGGGCACGAUAUUCAAUUCGACCUGGGACAUAAACGAUGCUACGGUGGCCUGUAAGCAAAUGGGAUACAAGGGUGCAAUAAAAGUCGGACACUUUGGCGCAGGGAACAGGAAUAUACUUCUAGAUGGCAUCAACUGCACGGGGACUGAAGCUAAGUUAGAGGAUUGCAGACACACUCCUUGGGGCGACGCGUCGAGUAACGGUGCUACCGAAAUGGCAGCAGGGGUUGAGUGCACGCCCGAGAAAAAAAUACAAGGUGUAUUCGACGUGAGGUUGUACCGAGGCCACGAAGGGUUGGUGGAGGUCCGCCGAGGGGGCUACUGGGGAACGAUAUGCGCAGACAAGUGGGGCAUCAAGGCCGCGAAUGUUGUCUGCAGGCACCUUGGAUUCAGCGGAGCCGAGGAGGCCUACAGAAUUGUUGACUCUACGUCAAGACCGGUACUCCUUGAUGAUGUCCAGUGCAAAGGGGACGAACUUGUAGUACACGACUGUCUACAGAGUUCGUCCUGGGUGAAAAAUGUUUCCAAAUGCACCAACAGAAGCAUGGCGGCUGUGAAAUGUAAAUUAGAAAGCAAGACCCAACAGCAGUUUGCUGUACGGCUGACAGGCGGCUCAGCGAGUUACGGGACCGUCGAAGUCUACCGUUACGGGCGGUGGGGCACUGUGUGCGAUGACGGUUGGGACAGGGUAGACGCCGGCGUGGUUUGUAGGCAGCUAGGAUACGCCUACGCUACUUCAGCCACCUUCGAGUCGAGAUUCGGCCAAGGUUCGGGUGACAUCUUCCUCAGUGACGUGAGGUGCACAGGGCAGGAGAUGAGCCUGGCAGAUUGUCACAGGACAUACAACUGGGGUGAUAGCACCCCGUGUCAGAGCUAUGAGGCUGCUGGAGUUAUAUGUGCUCAAAUGAAAGUGCAAACGGUUGACCCAUGCGCAGCAAUGACGAAGACUCUUGGAGAACGCGCCUUCUUCGAGAGCCCAGGCUACCCGGAAACUUUCACCUACGACGGAGGGACAUCGUGUUGGUGUGAUGCAAGCUCAUUUAACAAAACAAGAAUCUCCGUCUACGUCCAUGAUAGGCAAUUCCAAUACAACUAUCAAGAAAGGCUAGAGUUUUUCUGGGGGAGAACGUAUAAGGAAAAGACAACGCGAAGGCGCCGAGUGCAAGGCGAUACACCGCUUUUUAAUCUGGGACCUCUGAGCUUUGAUGCCGAGUCUUUCCUAUUGGGAUUUUACGAUCUUGGCAUGCCUGGGGAUGGAAAAUUCAGGAUUGAGUACAGAGCCGACCAGCCAAUUACCAUCGCCUGCCACAAGAAGUCAACCAACAACGUCAGCACAACAAUACCACCCACCAUACCACCGCCCUUCCACAAUGAUGAGGACAACAUAUUAAAGCAAUGGGCUAUGAGUGGCGGCAGUGGAGUACACAAAGAGGAGACGGACAUCAUAGCUGUCAGUCAGGAUGAACUUAGUAAACUGAUAGUCGCCUCCUUCUUCGGCGGGGGUCUUGGAAUGGGCAUGAUCAUACUGGCAUUGGUACUGGCCUGUCACCUCGCCAAGAAAAAGUGUAGGAAGGGAAAAGGGCAUUUAAAAAGCAAUGCUUAUGAAGUAGGCGUGGAUAAAGGUUCUGAUUCUGAUGAAAGGCGGAACUCUGUUGAGGGUGCAGUUGAUGAUCCGCUAAAUGAAGAUAUUUCAAAAAUGGCGCGAGUCGUUUUUACAAAUGGUCGAAAGCGAAGUCGACGGGUGACCUUCCUGCUGAAGUCCCCUUCAUGUAAUGCAUGUGAAAGAAAAGAUCAAGCAUACGUUAAUGAAGCCUAUGAAAACUAUCUUGACGGCGUGCCAGACCAUCCAUUCCCCUCGAAGUCAAUAUGCGAAGAAUGUGAAAAUAAUAACAAUAUACCAAUGGCAGUAUUCCCUGAGAGUGACCUGUAGCUUCAAUGUGACCAAGUCCCCGAAACACAACAGACGAGGUUUGCGACUGACGGCAGUUUUUUGUCAUGCGAGUAGGAAGAAAACGAUAUCCGAUUCGUGUAAGCGCCAUUGGUAGAAGACAUCGCGAAGAGACAAGACCACCAUUAAAUGUCUAAGCCUUUUAGGUGUUGAUUUGACAAUGUUAGACAGCGUCGCAUCAAUUCAUGUAUGUGUUCCUGAAGUUGAAAAUUGGAUACGAUAUUCUGGACAGUCUGGGGAGGAACUGGUAAACUUUUGAGGUGUAGUCGAGCACGGAAAUUUUGAUAAUCGGACAAGUUUGAUAGAAGUUGAUAUUUCGAGUCCAAAAGUUCCACGAUGCACAUGUGUUACCAAAAACACGUACCGCGAUUUAUCACGGUCACGUUAGAGAAGCCACAGCGAUAUCAUAACGCAAUAGGUUAAGGGUAAUGAGAACAUUUCGUCAGGUUUUGAUGUCUGUUUAUUUAUACUGUUACAGUGUACAGUAUAAAGCAUAUUCCACAUGUAACUGUUAAACGAAGUAGCGUUAUUUUCUCAACGGACUGCUUUUUCUGUGCCAUACUAAUUUACUUGCAUGUAUAACACAUACCAUGUACAGAAGAAUUGAUAA